UUUUAUUUUUAUUAUUGAGUUGUAAAGUUAAGGAAUUUGUGUAAAACAAUUUUAGUUAAAUUAAAUACUUAACAUUUGUUCACUUAACAAAAUUUAUCAUUUAUAGAUUAAAAGCGAAUGUAAUUAAUUUUUACUGUUCAAAGCAAUUAAUGUUCUGCUGUCAAGAAUGAGGGCAUCUUCUUCUUAAGAUGUUAAAUAUCUAGAAGAAAAAAAUUGUCAAAGGAUGAUAAUCUACGACGAUAGAAGAUAACGAAAAUGAGUUGGUUAAAGAACAGCCCGUUGAGGGCUAGUUUUGGGAAACUGAGGCCGUCCACUUCGCCACCCAAGGAUUGCGAUCCAGUAGCAUGUUACGAAAGUUUCAAGAAACAUUGGCAACAAACACAUGAUAUAAUUCAAAGGACUCAGCCGCCGGCGGGCUACCCCAUCCAGGACGACGUGCUGGGGGUGGUGAACCACCUGGACCAGAUGGCGAACCUGCUCCUGUUGGACCUGCGGGCGGGCAGCGAGGGGCAGGCCCCCUGCCUCGAGUUCCUGCUCAGCGAGAACCUGCUGGACUGCCUGUUCCGCUGGAGCGUGCACACCGGCAGGUACGCGAACGCGGUGCGGCUGCAGCAGCUGAAGCUGUACGAGCUGCUGCUGGCCAGCUGCCGGAGCCAGCUGCUGUCGCACGAGCCCUUGGUGCGGCCGCUGCUGAAGCUGCUGGCGUCCUGCGAGGGGGAGUGCCUCCCGGUCGAGCUGGAGCGGAGGCUGGUGGUGCUGCUGAACCAGCUGUGCGUCUCGCUCGCGCACAACGUCGAGCUGCUGGACCUCUUCUUCUGCGCGCCCGCCGGCCCCGGCCCCGGCCCCGCCAGGUUUGUGAUCUUCACGCUGCUGAUCCCCUUCGUCCACCGGGAAGGGGCCAUCGGGCAGCAGGCGCGAGACGCUCUCCUGCUCUGCAUGGCCCUGUCCAAGAAGAACGGGACCGUGGGCGCCUACAUCGCCGAUCGAUCCAACGUCUGCCCGGUGCUGGCGACCGGGCUCAGCGGGCUGUACUCGGUGCUGCCUCGCAAGCUGCGGGCGGAGGCGGACGACUGGCACCGGCUCACGCCAGACGACGUGGCCGCCGUCCCCGAGCUGGCGGCCUUCAUGAACUCCCUGGAGUUCUGCAACGCGGUAGUGCAGGUGGCCCACCCCCGGGUCACCGCCCAGCUGCUGGAGUUCCUGCACCAGGGCUUCCUGGUGCCCGUCGUGGGCCCCGCGCUCCUGCAGGACUCUGUUGGAGUUUCGCUAGAGCAGUUAGAGUCGCCAGUCGAAGCGAACUCCGUGGAGGAGCUGGUGACGGCCACCGCGUACUUCGACCUGUUCCUCCGCAGCAUCAGCGAGCCGGGACUCCUCUACUCCUUCAUCAGGUUCCUCCUCGAAGACAAGUACGACGGCGAGAGGAUCCUGGACUGCCUCAUCAACAGGAUAGACGCCAAGACCAGGCUCUGCCUGGUGACCCUCGCGCUGUUCGAGACCCUGGUGGACCUGAACUGCGAGGACGUGAUGCUGGAGCUGGUGCUCAAGUACCUGGUGCCCUGCACCCACGUGAUGCUGUCCCAGCGGCGCAGGGUGCGGGACGUAGAGCCCUACUGCCGCAGCUCCGACAAGUUCCUGACCCUCUCUCCGUCCUGCUGCUCGCAGCACCACCUCCUCCCCCCUCCCCCCUCGCACGGGGUCUCCCCGUCCCCCUCCCUGCCCGCCAUGCACCGCCGGGGUUCCCCUGCCGACCGCGGCCAGCCGUCCUCUCUCCCGGCGUGCGAGAGCCUGUACGGCAACUACCACGCGUACCUGUGCAGCGCGCGGCGCCAGAUCAAGGACUGCGCGGCAGCCUGCUCGUCGUGGGCGUACCGCUACGACGGGGAGGAUCCCUCGCCGGGGGACGCCCGGCCGAAACGAGCCGGGGAACCGGGCUCUGAUGCAGCGACGAGCAACAGGUUAUCUUUAGAUGGCUGUGAAGAUGAAAGUAGGAAUGUUCCGGGAAAGAAAGAGGAGUGCAAUGAUGGAAAAACGUCGGAAAAUACUUUGCAAUCUGAAAAUAGCUCUGAAAUUGUUAAUGUGGUUGCAGCUUCAGAUGAUCACAGUUUGCUGUCUGAUCGAGACGAUGGUUGUACCGAUAGUACGGAUGUCGCAGAUAAGAGAAGUCGUGAACAGAAGCAAGAAAGCGGCGUAGUUGCGACGACGCGCGACGAUGGCCAAGGGGCAGAGCUUCCCGGCGAAGAUGUCGCCAAUGCCACCGCGAACAACUACCACAGCUUGCCGUCCAUUGGGGAGAGCAGCGGGUACGAGAGCUUUGCCCCGAAAGGUUCUCCGGAGUCCACGCCCGAGAACGAGCCCGUGGACGAAGACCAGGGGGUGUGUGUAUCGGAGGACCACCAGCAGAAGGCCCGCGGGCGGUCGGAGAGUUCGAGCUCCCGGCACUUCUUCGCUCGGCCGGAGGAUUCUUGGUCGCUGCGGAAGUUCUCGAAGGAGGGCCCGAACACAUACCUGGACAUCUUUAACACCACACCAGACAUAGGGCCGUUCCUGGAUGUGGUGCUGAGGCGGCUGGAGUGCAUGAUGCUGAACGACGUGUACGUGAACCUGCACCUGACGGGGCUGGUGUCGCGGCUGGCCGUCUACCCCCAGCCGCUGCUGCACUCGUUCCUGCUCAACCACUCCCUGGUCUUCCAGCCCAGCAUUCGCUCCCUCUUCCAGGUGCUGGGCUCCCUGAAACACAGGAUAGACUCAUACCUGAACCGUCAGCCCAACGUGGAAGAGCUGGUUAUGAGCGCCCAGGAAUUCCUGCUGGCUCGCGAAGACAAGAUCGUGAACGCACGUCGUAACGCGGUGGAGGCGUCACUUGCCAACGCUCCUAAUGGUCGACGUAAUUCCUUGUCAACAGAUUCAUUUACUAGAGGAGAGUCCAAGAGACGUAGCUUCACGUCGACGCUGUCGUCUGUGUUCAGGCGGGCGACGCAGCAGCCGAUCCAGGAGAGCCGGCUGGAGACCGUCCCCAGCGGGGCUGGCUACAGGUUCGUGGCGAGGGCGUGGCGGGCGGUGGAGGCGGGGGCCUGCGACGCGGGCAGCGUGGCCAUGUGCGCCGUGCUGCUGGACGAGUGGCUCAAGGAGCUGGCGGCCGUCACCCAGGAGCAGGCCAUGUUCGCGCUCACCUCCGGCUGGUGCGAUAAUGAAAUGCAAUUGUUCUCCUGCCAUGCGGCUGUGUGUGCCGUGAGUUGCCGACCGUGUGAUUCAUAGUGUUCCUUCAGAGGCCCGCUGGCUACCGCUCAAAGAGGGAGGCCAGUGGGUGGAUGGUAGUCUGAGUGGUAAGUGCGUGCAUCCGGGUCCUCUGACAGUAAAGUCCCGCUAAUCCGGACCCCACUUGUCAGGACAUCCUUUUAAUUGGGACUAAAAAAAAAGCUUUACUAAUUUUUGUAGGUUAAAAAGUUAGGUCUACAUAUACAUUAGUAUUUACUAAAGUUAAGCUGCAUUAAAUUAUUUGUGUUUAGGGAGGGGAAAUACAUAGAUUUUUUUUGUUUUACCUAUCUAAAACUUAUAUUACGUUCUUUUAAGGCCAAUUCCAUUUAAUCCGGACUCUCUGGGAUUCUGAAAAAUCCCGGAUUAGUGGGGCUUUACUGUAUUUGGCAACCCACUUGCUGUCCAUGUGUCUGCCAAAAAUUAAUUUUUAUAAUUUAUAACUGUUAAUAUUGUAGAAUAUAUAUUACACUGUAGAUAUACAUAUUUCAAUUAAUUUUAUAUCUAUAUUGUAAAAAUCAUACAUAAGUAUUUAUUAUUUCUGCAAUCUCAGAUUGAAUGUAAGGAAAAGGCCCUGUAGCUUACGAGAUGGAGGUCAGUGUUUAAAAUUCCGGUUUUUUUUUUAUGUGCGCACAAAAAACAAUAUUUAAUGCUUGCAUUUAUGUAUUGAAUGAUUUAUAACUGUAAAUUUUAAUGUGUGGCUUUAAAAAAAAAUUUUGACUUUGUUUUGGUUUUGUGUAAAAUUUUUCCUAUAUAGGUAUUCUUUUGUAGCUGUCAUUUCUGCUGUUUAUUAUGUAUGACUAGAAAGGUUUUUUUUUCCACACCAAUUGGCACAUAACAUUUACAAUUAAUUAAUUUUGUUGAUCUCUAAUUGUAUCAUAUUCAAUUUGUACACAAAAGUGUGGAAUGUAAAGUUUUGUAAUUUGUUUCACUUUAUUUAACUGAUUUUAUUGUUACAGUGUGUUAAGAGACUUGUGUCGAGCUUAACCAAGCUUUAAAUAAAUAAUACUGAGCAGAGCGCAAGCAGUCGACCAAAUCAUUAGUGAAGCCAAGUUUGAGAUCUCAAAAUACUUGAGCCAUUAUUAAAAUAAUAAAUAUUUCCUACCCUUGACCCAUUAGGAAAAAAAUGGUUUCAAGAAUAGAUUCAACUUUAAAUUGAAUUCUCUCUCUUCAAGAAGUGGUCAUGAUAAACUCAUGUGUGUGUGUGUGUGUGUGGGUUUUUUUUUUUUUUUUUUUUUUUUUUUUUAAUUUAUCUACUGGUAACUUUCAACACUACCAGGCAAGUUGGUUUGAUUGCUGAGCUGAAGUAUUACAAUUGUGAAUGUGUGCUCUAUUUUCCAGCAGUUUCAAAUAACGGAAGCAUGGCUAAGCUCAAUUUUUUUUUUUUAACUUUGACCAAUCUCUAACUAAGCCUGUGCGAAUGCUAGUUUAUAUAUAUAUUUUUAAUGUAAAGCGAAUAUUAAAUUGAAUGUUAAAAAUAUUUACAAAGUCGAUUUGCAUCACUAAUAUUGUUUUUGAUGAAGCUGUAUUACACUUAUUUAAUAAAAUACUAUUCGAUAGAAAUGAUAAAUAACCAUGCAUAGUAAUAAAUUGAGAAUUAUUUAGCAAACGGACUACCCCUUUUUAUUUUUUUUUUCAAAUACCCAGUUUUAUUAAAGCAAAACAUAUAAAAAAACAAAAAAAAAAUAUUUUCAUGAGCAAAUCUUAGCCUUCCAAUGUUUUAAAGCAUUAAUUUGCAACAAAUGCAAAGAUUUGCAUCACAACCAAAGCUUCAAAUAAAAUGAAUGGCAAAUUUCCUGGCAAAGUCAAAUAUUAAAAAUAGCUACAAUUGAUUCACUUAGUCGAAGAUUCGCACAGGCCUAUAUCUAACAAUUUGGUCUUAACUGAUUGUUUUAUCCUGGUCAUAUCAUCACAAGGCAAUAUUAUUGUUUAACAUUGCCAGUUUUCUUUGCUUUUGCCGGAUUUUCGGUGUGUGAUUUGCUUUGAUUGCUUUAGUAGUAGUAGAAGAUUAGUUUAAAUGAUUUUAAUUUUUUUAGUACUGGACUACACUUUCAUAUUGAUGUAAGUGUCCAAUAAAAUACAUUAUAACAUUUAUGUACCUAUUUGAUAAUGCCUUGUUGUUCAUAACAUAGGAAAUAGACGUUUGUUGUAAUAUUAAUUUUGGUUGUGAAACUUAAAGCACAACUCAUAUAUUAAGGUACCCUUGCAACAAAGAUAUAUAGUGCAGGAAUUAAAAUCAACCUGUAAUUGCUUGGGGGUCUUUAUAUCUUAAGAUUCAUUAGCUGCCUAAAAUUCAUUGUAAUUGUUAUUUCAAAGAAUUUAAAGCUGUAUAAUGAUUAAUUAGUCAUGUUUUAAUCUUUUUUAGUCAGUGUAUUUAAGAUUUUCUUACUUGUACACAAUAAUUCAUAUCUUCACAGUAAAAAGUUACAUUUUAAAAAAUCUGCAAUUUAAAAUUUCUUUUACUGUAUAAGUUCACACAAUUUAUCUUUUGCAAGAAUACACAUAGUUUUCUUAAACAUUUAAACCAAUUUUAAACAUUCCUUAAAAUUACACUGCCUGAAAAAGUAUAGCUGCUAUUUUGUUUCAAAGCUUCGGAAAUCGCCAUUUGGAUUGAAAGUACAUAUUUUAAUACCUUGAGUGUACUUUAUUUCUACUACAGCACAAGUUGAUAGUAUUUUUGGCUGGCACAAUGAUGUCAUUGAAACAAUUGGGGGUAGCACCCUUAUUUCCCAUAAAUUUCUGUAAUGUAUCAUGGCUCCCAAUUAUUUCAAUGAAAUUUUUUAAAGCAGUGAUUAGUUUUGUGAGAAUUUUGUUAAAUUUAACACUAUACAGAAGCUUAGGUUUCCAUCUUAAUUACUUUCUCUAUUUGCAAUAAACCAGCUGUUCAGCACUAACUUCAAAGGCAUAUACCAUAAGUAGCAUAAAUGUUUUCAAGUUAUUUUUUUUAUUGUCUAACAUAUAAUAGAUCUGUGACUAUGAUGAAGAUGGUGUAGAAAGAAUUGGAUUGUUCUGGCUUAUACACCAAUGCAUUAAUAUGUAUAAUUUUUUUAUAACCCUGGUACAGGAUCAGUUUUACUUUUUUACACUUUGCUGUGAUUUAGAAAAGUUUCCGGGUCUUAAGAAAUGUAAAAAAGAAGCUUUAUUGUAAUAAUUUUUUUUUUGUGUGGAUCUAGAGGCAUCAAAACUGGGUUCAGGGACUGAUGGUUUAGAUAAACAAGAACUUAUAGUUAUAGUGUAAAAAUGUUUUGUGAAUAAUCGGUUCAAAACCUAUGGCACAAUGUUCACAAUUGUAUUUAGCGCUUAUUUAGCUGACUGGCAUAUUUUCUUUUAUUUGAAAUUACAAAUAAAAUAAUAAAAAUAUUUAA